CAGCCUUGCACAAGACCCUCUGUCUCAACAAAGAUCGAUCCUCUAGAGUUGCAUAGUCCAUGCCCUAUAUCCACCUCCCAACCCGCUCUGAGUUCUGGCUACUGUUAUCUCCUCGAACUGCCCGACAAAGUUAUGGUCGGGACGAAUUUGCACCGACCGAUGCUCAAACAGGCUUCGAGCGGACUUUGCUGGGGUUUAAAUCCGACCCACUCUGCCACACUGGCACGACAACAGCGGCAUUGGUGGCUCAAUCUCCAAAGUCUUGACAUUCUCUUCGUUAACCGAUUACGCAGGGUUUGCCCUUGCAAGGUUUAGCGUCGAGCAUGCCGUGCACCAUUUCCAGAACCUAGAGAGCCCCUUCUCAUACUCUUCCCAGCCAGUGCCCAGGAACCUAGCCAUGUCUUCGAUGCCAGAGCUUGGACUGGAGGGUCUUCGUGACGUUCAUACAGUAGCACCGGGAUUAACUGGUUUCCCUUUCUGAACGAAAAUGGCGCCAGCGAUUGAUAUAAAACUUGAAGGUGGGUGGGCAGCUCAGCUCGGAAUCUGCUCUCAAUAGCGAGUACCAUUGCAAUUUGUCUGACCCUAACCCCCAUCUCUGUUUGGAUAUUCUUCUUUGAUAUUUCCAUCGUCAAAAUGGGCUUUCUAUACUCUCAGCUGUUCAUCAAACCAGCUUAUCCGAAGAGAUCCUUCGCUGGAGAAACCGUCAUUGUGACUGGAAGCAACACUGGCCUGGGAAAGGAAGCAGCCCGACAUAUCGCUCGCCUGGGCGCCUCGAAACUGAUUCUCGCUGUGCGAAACACCAAGGCUGGAGAAGCGGCCAAAAAGGACAUCGAAAAGACCACAAAAUGCAGCUCCGACGUGAUUGAGGUGUGGGAACUCGACCUCGCCUCGUAUGGCUCCGUCAAGGCAUUCGCCGAACGCGCCUCCAAGCUUUCCCGGAUUGACGUUCUGCUCGAGAAUGCUGGCAUCGCCACCCACAACUACAAUCAAGCCGAGGGACACGAACGCACCAUCACAGUCAACGUCAUCAGCACAUUCCUCCUGGCCUUGCUGUUGCUGCCGAAACUGAAGUCCACGGCCAAAGAAUUCAAGACCAAUCCGCGCCUCAUCAUCGUGUCCAGCGAAGUGCACGGCUGGAGCAAGUUCGAAGAAUGGAAAGAGCCGCAUAUCUUUGAGACACUCGACGCCGAGAAGACGGCCAAGAUGAAGGAACGAUACCAGACCAGCAAACUGCUGGAAGUGCUCACCGUCCGCCAGAUCGCGCCUAAACUGGUCGGGUCGGGGGUUAUCUUGAAUUGUCUCAAUCCCGGCCUAUGCCAUUCGGAGCUCGCCCGUGAGGGUUCGUUCGUCUUGGAGGUGUUGAAGUUCUUCCUUGCUCGCUCUACAGAGGUGGGCAGUCGGACACUGGUGGCUGCUGCCGAGGCUGGCAUGGAGUCGCAUGGCAAGUACAUGUCGGAUGCCAAGGUUAAUGAAGGCCAGCUCUCGGCCUUUGUGAGGAGCGAGGACGGCGGCGCCGCUGGCAAGAAGGUAUGGGUUGAACUGAGUGAUAUCUUGGAGAAGAUCCAGCCUGGGGUUACGCAGAAUGUCUGAUGAUGCUCUCGGGGUUAUGUCACCCAGUGAAUUGUAGUGCUACGCCUCUGAGUUCCGGAUUAUCUAGAUGGCUUGAUAUGAA